AUGGUCCUCGUCAUGAAACUUUCGACCUUUGCUUGGAAUGUCUACGAUGGUCAACAGCCACCUGAGAGUUUGGACCCAUAUCAACGUUCUACUGCAAUCAGGGAGCUUCCAGGACUGCUCGAAUUUUUCGGUUACUGCUUCUUCUUCCCAUCCUUGCUCGUCGGACCGGCAAUCCCGUUUAGCGAUUACUCCAAAUUUACUACUGGUCGUGAUCAAGGCCUUGGUAUACCUUCUGGCCGUGGAGCUCAUGCGUUGCGCAAAAUCGUCACUGGUCUACUUUUUGCUGCUCUCGUUGGCCUGUACGGUGGCCAAUGGAGUUACGAAAGAAUAUUGGAAGACGAAUUUCUAACCAAAAGCUGGUUGCAGAGACUAUGGCAUUUGCAGGUUGCUGGAUUCAUGUCAAGAGCGAGGUAUUAUCUAGUCUGGAGUCUAGCUGAGGCCUCGUUAGCGAUGUCCGGAUGUGGAUUCGAUCGAAUUAAAGGCGACUGGUCCGGUGGACGCAACAUUGAAAUCAAGGAGAUCGAGCUAGCACAAAACUACAAGGCAGUGUUUGACAAUUGGAACAUGAAAACGAAUAUUUGGUUGAGGGAAUGCGUUUAUAAACGAGUGGCUGUCAUUGAGGGGAACAAACCAGGGUUUUUGUCGACGAUGGCUACAUUUGGAGCAUCCGCUGCUUGGCACGGCCCAUUACCAGCCUAUUUCGUGGCCUUUAUCUCAGGGGGCUUUCUACAAGCCCUGGGUCGGUCGAUCCGAGGGGCCAUCAGACCAUUUUUCCUUGCUUCUUCGCGGACGAGCAAGAUGGUCUAUGAUGGCACGUGCAUCAUUGGUACACAGACCACGUUAAACUACCUGGUCGUGCCGUUUGUAUUGCUCGACAUUGGAGGAACAAGGGUAGUUUACAACCGACUCGGCUGGUAUGGCCACAUCAUCGCUGGCAUCCCGAUGCUCGUUUUAUGGGCUGGCGGAUUGGAACGCAAACUGCGAAAGCGUCACGCGACGAAUGUCACCGAGAAGGACAAGAAAGCGCCGAAAGUACACAAGCAAACCAAAUUCAACAUCACCGAGCCCCUCGUCGUCGCCUCUGGAAAUACCAAGACACUCAUCACUGCCACUACCAAUCCCGUCGAUGGCCAAAAGACUAUCUCUAUGACCACUGUCAUUGACGCAAAACUCAAAUCAAGCUGA